GUGUUCAAAAUGUCGUCGAUGGCGAGGCACUUGGAUGCGGAGUUCGAGGCCUAUUCGGGCUCCACUCUUUGGCGCGCUGCUCCUCUGCCGCCUCCGGCCCCGAAUGCGAAGGCUGGCGGCAAGGCACCGCGCAAGCCCACACCACCGGCCCAGGUCGUGGUGGAGCUACAUGGAGCUUGGGAGCAAUCUGACGAGAUCCUCUUGGGCAUGUGGCCUCAGGACACCAACUUGGACCAACUUUGGUCCAACCCGGGGCCCCCGGAGAGCUACGGCCGGGCUCCGGCCGCGCCGGGCGUCUGGAUCUCCUGCACGACGGGCGCCUGGUUGAGCAAAGGACGCAAGCUGUCACCCCUGGCUUGGACAGCGCCUGGCAAGAAGGCAGGGGUUCGCUGGGCCCUGCGCUUCGAGAACUCCACUCUGAGCAUCGCUUGUGCUGACGCUGGCCGGGACUUCCAGUGGCAAGGCCGGCAGUGGUUUGCAGCGCCGCCGCUGGUGGACUUUCCCGACCCAGCUCCGGCGCUACUUUGGGCUGUGCGGCCCUCGCGUCAUGCGUCCAACCUGGAAGUACGCCUUCUUGAGCCCGCGAAGAUGUGA